CGCACAGUUUCCUAUAGUCUAAUACAUCCCGGAUUCACCGCCUACCACCGUCAUUUACCGUCCUGACUUCCGACUCCGACCCCGACUACGCGAUCGUCGUCGUCUUUUCAUCACUUCCGCCCCCGUAGCCUCCGGCAGGCACUCCACCAGCCUGCCGCAGCCAUGUCGUAUUCAUGGUUCGGGGCCCCUACCCCUUUCAAUGGCACGACGCCCAACGGCGGUGAUUCCGCCUCCGAAAACCUCAACCAAUGGUACCAAUCAGGCGACCAGGCUUUUAUUCUAGUUGCAUCAUGCAUGGUCCUCAUCAUGAUUCCCGGCAUCGCCUUCCUCUACUCCGGCCUUGCCCGUAGAAAGUCAGCUCUAUCACUCAUUUGGGUGUGCAUGAUGUCUUCCAGUGUUGUCAUGUUUCAAUGGUACUUCUGGGGCUACUCAUUGGCGCUCAGCAGCACAGCGACCAACGGCUUUAUUGGCAACCUUCGACACUUUGGUCUCAUGAACACACUCGGUGCACCUUCUCCCGGCUCUCAACUCAUUCCUGAGCUACUCUAUGCUUUCUACCAGAUGCAAUUCGUCGGCGUCACCGCAGCCCUUGUUGUUGGGGCUACCGCCGAACGCGGUCGCGUUGUCCCAGCAAUGGUUUUCAUCUUUAUCUGGGCAACACUGGUCUACUGCCCUCUCUGUUGCUGGGCUUGGAACGUCAACGGUUGGGCCUUCAAGUACGGAGUGAUGGAUUAUGCUGGUGGUGGUCCCGUCGAAAUUGGAUCCGGUGUCUCGGCUCUGGCUUAUUCUUGGGUUCUCGGCCGACGUAACGAGAAGAUGAUGCUCAACUUUCGUCCACACAACAUCUCCCUGAUUACCAUUGGUACGGUCUUCCUCUGGUUCGGCUGGCUCGGCUUCAACGGCGGAUCUGCUUUUGGCGCCAACCUUCGUGCCGCCAUGGCGUGCUGGAAUUCGUGUCUCACAGCCAUGUUUGCGGCCAUGACCUGGACCCUUCUCGAUUACCGCCUGGCCAAGAAGUGGUCGCUCGUCGGCUGGUGUUCCGGUACCAUCUCGGGUCUCGUCGCCGCUACUCCUGCUUCCGGUUAUAUCCCUCCUUGGGCCAGCAUCAUUCUCGGAGUCGUUACUGGAGUUGUUUGUAACUUCGGCACCAAGAUCAAGUUCAUGAUCGGCAUCGACGACGCUCUCGAUAUAUUCGCUGAACACGCUCUUGGAGGCGUUGUGGGUCUGAUCUUCAACGGUUUCUUUGCUGCCGAUUACAUCAUUGGCUUGGAUGGCGUCAACCAGGAAAUCCCCGGCGGCUUCCUCAACCACAACUAUAAGCAGUUGUACAUUCAGAUCGCCUACGUUUGCGCCACAAUGGGAUAUUCUUUCGUCAUGUCUGCUAUCCUCGCCAAGGGCGUCGACAUGAUCCCAGGUCUACACCUUCGCGCUUCCGAAGAAGCCGAGCUCCUCGGCAUGGAUGAUGACCAGCAUGGCGAGUUUGCUUACGACUACGUUGAGGUUCGCCGCGAUUACCUGGCAUGGACACCAGCAGAGAAAGAGCAGAGGCAAGACGGCGACAUCAUCGUCCCUCAGCACGGCAUCGAAGGGCAUCAGGAGCUGUUGAGCAGCUCUCGCCACGGACCCACCAUGUCCGAACUCCCACACCAUGAAGAGGAGGAACCGCGAGAGAAGAGGGGCUCGACCUCGGAAUAAUCUCACAAAAGAUGUCCACGUCGAAUUAUGCGACCACGCAACGAAAUUAUCUUCACAAGCGAAUUUUGGGUUUCUGUUUCUGUUUUGGUUUUGGGAAUGCAUAGAACUCUGAGUUUACGGGACCUUGGAUGAGAGAAUGUGGAAAACUGAGGAAACCAAGCGCGGGAGGGGAAGGGUUUCUUGCCUGCGCGCGCGCCUGGGUAGAUUUGGGCUUCCAACAAUACCUCCUUUUUAGGCUUUUUCAUCUCUAUGUUUGUUUAUUUCAACGGAUGAUACCGUCACACAGUG